GUCGUUCUCACCCUCGGAGCAUCACUGGCAGUGAUCAGCGUGACGCCUUUCAAGAACACCAGAUCAUCCCCCGCCCUGAAGUCCACGUUCUCAGAGUGACUGCAGUUCAUUUGUAAUCUCGCGAGCAUCGACGUAACAAGCUGUGGCUCUUCGACGAUCCGCUCGUCUUCGCACUCGGGCAUAUAUACGUAUUAAAGAGGAUCUCCCGAGUGUCCACCUUUCGAGAUUUGCAAGUCUAGAGAUCUCCAACAGCCUUAACCGAAGAAUAAGAACCGUCACCUCAAACCAAAUAACCAUUGCGCCAUCAGACACCAUGGCAACCAUCAAGCCGUUCAAGAUCGCCGUCCCGGACGCGGAGCUCGAGAAGCUCAAGACCAAGCUGUCCCUGGCCACGUUCCCGCAGGACGUCGACAUGUCGGACUCGUGGUCCUACGGCGCACCCCUCAAGGACAUCAAGCGGCUCGCGGCCCGCUGGCAGUCUGGCUUCGACUGGCGCGCCGCGGAGGCCCAGCUCAACGCGCAGCUGUCGCAGUACACGACCACGAUAACGGUGGACGGCUUCGACCCGCUCGACAUGCACUUUGUGCACCACCGGUCCGCCCGCGCGGACAGCAUCCCGCUGCUCUUCGCGCACGGGUGGCCGGGCAGCUUCUUCGAGGCCGUCAAGCUGCUGCCGUACCUGACGGGCCCCGAGGACGCCGCCCAGCCCUCGUUCCACGUCGUCGUGCCGUCGCUCCCCAACUUCGGCUUCUCGGGGCGCGUCACGAAGCCCGGCUUCGGGCCGGACCACUACGCCGAGGCGUGCCACAGGCUGAUGCUGCGGCUCGGCUACGACCGCUACGUCACGCAGUCCAGCUUUAGGAGCUAAUUUUUUC